GACGAAAUGGAAGCAGUAAACCAGUCUGUGGUGUCUGAAUUUAUUAUUUUGGGGCUUUGUAGUUCAUGGGAGCUCCAGGCCUUCCUACUAGUGAUAUUUUCUUCACUUUAUUUGAUCACUAUUUUAGGUAACAUCUUCAUUAUGCUUUUAAUUAUUGUUGACUUUCAUCUCCAUUCCCCCAUGUAUUUCCUGUUAGCCAAUCUUUCAUUCAUUGACUUCUGCCUUUCCUCAGUCACUACCCCUAAAAUGAUCACAGACUUUCUCAAGGAAAACAAGAUAAUCUCCUUUGAAGGCUGCAUGUGUCAGAUUUUCUUUGGACAUUUCUUUGGAGGGGGUGAGAUGGUGCUCCUUGUGUCAAUGGCCUAUGACCGCUAUGUAGCCAUCUGUAAGCCACUUCAUUACUCCAGCAUCAUGAACGGGCAAAUGUGCAUUGGGUUAGUGAUGACAUCAUGGAUCAUUGGGUUUGCGCAUUCAAUAAGCCAGCUAGCUAUGAUUAUAAAACUGCCCUUCUGUGGACCGAGGGAACUGGAUAGCUUUUUCUGUGAUAUUCCAUUGGUGAUCAAGCUAGCCUGCACAGACACCUCUAUUCUAGAAAUGUGGAUAAAUGCUGACAGUGGGGUACUGGCAACCAUCUGCUUCAUUGUGUUGCUGAUCUCUUACUCUUAUAUUCUGUUUACCAUCUGCCUUCACUCUAAGAAUGGGGCAUCCAAGGCUCUCUCUACCUGCACUGCCCACAUUACAGUGGUAGUGUUAUUCUUUGGGCCUUGCAUCUUUAUCUACCUGUGGCCACUCAGCAUCACCUGGGUGGACAAGUUUCUUGCUAUAUUUUAUGCAGUGAUCACACCUCUCCUAAAUCCAGCUAUUUAUACUCUAAGGAACAAAGAAAUUAAAAAUGCCAUUAAGAGACUAUGA